AUGGUUCGCCAACAUCAUUUCCUCGCUGUUCCUAGCGCAGUGAUACGGAAGCAGAUCAAAUGGCUCGCAGGCGAGCAAGCGCGAAUCGAAGGCAAAGCAAGUCCACAUCAGGAUGCCAGGCGCCCAUCCGCCGACUAUACCAAGAAUGCACCUACCCCAGAAAAGGCAAAGAGACAAUUCCAUGCGUUGCAUUUCCACGCGGUGGAGCGAGCGGACUUGCUGCUUGAACAGCAUUUGCCUCACGAGGUGGUGCAGCACACUGGCUCUCUUCAAGAGGGCAAGCUAACAUUCGAGCUCCCGAUCGGAACACUCAACAUUGAAGUCGACUCUUGCUUGAAGCGCAUAAAGAUGUGCCGACUUGUAAGUGAAAUGUUCAUCUCGCGAAAUGUUGACGUACCGCCAGAACUGACAACAGCUCACAGUACCAAAGAGCUGGCGACUCAUGUGCUCCAAUUGAUUGAGAAGCACCUCGUCUCGCCGCAUGCUGAGCUUCACAAGUACGUGCAGGCACGUAGGAGCUCAUUAUCAGCGAGGAUGUUGAAGUCCGUCGCCAGUCCGAGGGACAUCUGCCGAGCUGCCAAUCUGAAGCAAUACGGCUGGAAGUUCCUCAAAGCGACAAGCAUUCGGGCUCACAAGCUUCAGGAGCGACUUCAGCAGCGCAUUGCCUCUAUGCGGGAAGAGCUAGAUGACCUGCCGAUCGCUACAUUGGCGUUGAGUGUCCCUACCAAUCUGAGGCUCAAGUCGAAAGCCCGCAUGAUUGACUACAUGUUGACGCCACGACAUGCGUUCCACGGCACCAACAGCGCAAUCCUCGAUAGCAUCGCCAAGUGGGGUCUUUUGGGUCCCGGAGACACCAACCCCAUGACCGGACUCGCGAUCCCAAAGAGAUUGGGAAGCACAUAUGGACCUGGAAUCUAUGUGACAACUGAGGUGCAUCUCGCAAACACGUACUCGAACUGGGACGAAGAAGACCUCUUAUUCCUCGAUCCCGCAGAACGUGCACCUGGAAAGAUCCGAAAGAGGGUAGUGAUAUGUGCUGUCAUUUUGGGUCGUGCUGCUCGAGUUACCUUGGCAGAUGGUUUCCGUGAGAAGCUGAACUUGUUCCCUGAUGCUCACAGUCACGUUGCAAACAACGGACAGGAAUAUGUCCUACCCAAGGAACAAGUUUUGCCCUUGUACAUUGCUGACUUCGACUGGGUUCCCGAAAGCGUGCAGCAAAAGAAGACCUACGUCGAAUAUGCAGAAAGCUUGGUCUGCCCACCUGCUGAAGGCGACGUUGACAAAUUGGGCCGGUGGUGGCGUCCCGAUUGA